AUGGAUAAAAUACAAGAAAUGAAAAGGGUUCUUGAUGCUGAGUUUACCAUCAAAGACUUAGGUCAACGAACAUACACCUUGGAUAGUUUAGAAUAUGCAGGGAUGCUUGGUUGUCAACUAGUUUCCUUUCCUAUGGAGAAAAAUGUGAAAUUAGAUAAGUAUGAAGGAGAAGUCAUGAUAGAUGUUAAUCAUUAUAGACAUCUCGUGGGUAGAUUACUGUAUCUUCAAUCCACCUCACCAUAUAUUACUUAUGUUGCCAAUGUUCUUAGCCAGUUAAUGAGUGAUCCUUGUACAAGACAACUUCAAGCAGCUAAUCAAGUCUUACGAUAUCUCAAAGCUACUCCAGUUCAAGGAAUACUUCUUACUACAAAUGGAGGGAGUAAUCUCAUUACUUACUGUGAUUCUGAUUGGUUUGGAUUCCCAAUGACUAGAAUGUCUAGAACUGGAUACCUUCAUAUAUUAGGCGGCUCUCCAAUUUCCUGGAAAUCAAAGAAGCAAUCAGUUGGUUCACGUUCAUCGGCCGAAGCUGAAUACAUAGCCAUAACAUCUAAUGUUUGUGAAGUAGUAUGGAUGAGGUGGUUGUUGAAGGAACUUUGCAUGACUUUUCAUGGUCAAACUAAACUUUUCUGUGAUAAUCAAGCAUGUCAGAGGAACUUUACAUGA